AUGGCCGCGAGCAUAUGGGACAAUCUACUAUCUCACUACGACCUUCUUCUUGCCGUCCUCGACCACUGCGGUCCAGCCUCACUAUAUAACGUGGCGAAGACAUGUCGAGCCUAUCACGCAACCAUUUGCUCCCAGUCUCAGCUGAUAUGGGACAUAAACCGACACCUGCUGCGAUACUUCUCGGAUCCCGUGGCGUUCCGGAGCCUCCAGGCGCGGACUGCGACUCUGAUAUCGGGGUCCAGCGCCCUGCAGUUCCUCGACCGGACUUUUUACAGGGGCUCUGAUCUCAAUCUCUACGUCUACGAAGACCAUGCUGUGGAAGUAUGCGAGUGGAUCAUGCAAGAUGACUAUAUCUAUCUCCUCAGACCUUGCCAGGGCCCCAAUAUCCACGCUGUAAUGAACGCGUGGCCCCAACCGCACCUCACCUGGUUCGGCGUCCGUGAAUUUAUUGACUUAAAGAGGAGAAGCGAUGGGCAAAGGAUCCAAGUCGUGAUCGCCUGUACCUCCCCAAUGGAGAUCGUCCUUAGCUUCAACUCCACGUGCCUGCUCAACAUCAUCAGUGCAGACAAAGCGUACUCGUUGUAUCCCACGGCCACCUUCAAACACCGGCGUUCUCUCACUUGCUCGCGCCUCUGGUUGGGCCUCCAACCCCGCCCCCUCAAGUGCCAGGAACGAGGCUGGGCCGUGCUGAAUACGCUCCCAAAAGCCGAGCAGCAAGCCGUCCACUCGUCCUUCGGAGCCGGGCGGCGGUCGAUAGACGACCGCCUAACCUGGGUACUACCGCUGGGCAUGACGGAUAUCUCUCUCCGCAGAGCUGGCGUGCCGUCCAUGAAACCUCUAUUAGAGGACCCAGUGCGGAUGACGGCAUGGGUGGUCGAAUACGAUCGUUGGAACAGGGCGCAUCUGACGUGCAAGGGCCUUAAAUCGGCUGGAUUGCGAUACAGAUGCGUCGCAGGUACCCCUCUGGACGCACAAUUCUUCGUGGAUUGCGGCAAGCGUUGUCGAGCUGCGAUAGACCGUGCAGGCGUCGCGCUUGUUCCGUAUUCCCCCGCUUAG